AUGGCCAACCCCCUCUCUCCCCCAAAUAUGGAGUACAUCAACUCUAGUUCCUUACAAGCACAACAUCCCACGAUCUGUGGGCCGGCGGCGGCGGCCUCUGCGGACCGACAAAACACGGACCUGAUCAGUCUUGGACCCCCUGAUCCUGCGAAACACCAGCAGGUCCUCCUCCCACCGCCUCGCAAUCCAGGGGUCGUUGAAGCGGAAGUAGAAGCCGCAGCCGUCCCCGCUGGCGACGACCUCGAUGAUGUGAUUGAUGGGGAUGCGGAUGAGGACCCAAGUGCCGACGACGCGGGUGUCGAGGCGCAAGUGGUGGUGGCACCAGCAGGGCCGGAUGCGCUCGGCGUAGCGGCGGGCCUGCCAGUUGUUGCGGAAGCCAAGCUUGAGCCAGAGCGGGUCGAACUGCACAGCGACCUGGAUGUUGAUCGGAGCGUUCGACAUGGCUGCACGAUGGCUGUAGUAUCUUUCCUUGUGGUGUAUAUGAGCGAACUCCGGCCGAUGGGAGCUCUUGUCUUGUUAGCCUUGGAUGAGAUCGAGAGCUCAGUGUUUUAA